GUGAAGCUGGAGCUGUGAAUGGGGCUUUAUCCCAGGAGGGACCUGCCUCUGCUCCUUCCCUGCCCUGCUGCCAGCACCAGCUGCAGGCAGAGCCCUGCAGGCAGCAAUGUACCAGUAGCCUCUGAGCAGGGCACAAGGGGCUGGGGAGGCAGAGGACUCGCCCUUGGUGCGGGCUGAGAGCUCCCCGCAGUGCGUGGAGGUCACCGGGGAAGACAUGAAAGACACUGGAAAGGAAGGACGCAGCCCUGGUUGUUCCCUUGUGGUGCUGCUCUGGGGAUGCUCCACCAUAUCCUGCAGCCCUGCCUGAGGGGUGGACUCAGCCCCAGCACAUGGACCAUAGCUCUCCAGGUGGCACUGCUGCAGAAGGGAGCUCCACCAGGCUCCAGAGAAUGAGACAGAAGUGUCCCUGCUUGAGAAAUGCAGCUGCCUUUGCAACCGCUGCUGCCUUGAACCUCCACUUCACUGUAAGUGUGUAGAUUCAUCUGUGCAGCCACCCCACUGUGCCCUCUCAACCCAGCUGCCCACCAUGCCGGAGCUGGCGGAGAUGAGCAGCCCCCGCACCCCUGCGGACAUGGACCACAUCCAGAGGAACAUCCUGGAGGAGCAUGUGGAACUCUGGUGGUUCCAGGAUCCCAAGAAGUCUAUCCUGUGCUACGGGAUGGCUGUGGUGCUGAUCCUGGCCUGUGGGAUCGGGGGCAUCAUCCUGCUGUAUAGUACUAGCAGCCGGUCUGGGGAGUGGCGGCUGGCUGUGGGCACCACGCUCUGCCUCCUGGCCUUGCUUGUGCUGCUGAAGCAGCUGCUGAGCUCUGCAAUCCAGGACAUGAACUGCAUCCGCAGUCGGCAUCAGAUCGAACUCCUGAAGAGCGGGGGUUUCUCAGACUGCCUGGUGCUGCUGCUCAGCGCCCUGGUGCUGGUGGUCUGCGGGGUCGUGCUCACCAUCCUCUCCACCACAACCAUGCAGCUCAGCCCUGCACGACCGCUGGCCAGCAUGUUCACCAGCGGGGUUGUCCUCCUGACAGCUGGCAGUGCUAUCCUCCUCUGCCUGCUGCUUUACCUGCUCUGCACCUCCUGCCACCAGGCUGCUCCUCGGAACCUGGAGACUGGCGAGAUCCGUGUCUUCACCAUCUCUGGCCGCCUUGCUGCAAACAGGCGGCUUCCUCCCACCUCUAGCAUGGCCAACCUGAUCUGACCCACAACGCCCCUGUGUGAGCCUCACUGGAUACAACCUGUCAGCAGGGCUUGUGCCAGCCUUUCCCCAAGGAAGGGCAAGCAUUGCAGUGUGCCUUGCGCUUCUUUCAGAGAUGACUGGCAUUAGCUUUGCCCCAGGCUAACAGCACAGCAGGGACUUGGGGUCCAUGGAUGGGCUCUGUGACCUGCUGCGUUAGAAGCACAGCGGUGGCCUGGUUGGUGUUGUAUCUCCACAAAGCUUCCUGCGAUAGCUGCUGCCUGCCCGGCUGUGACCCCUGUCACACAGUUAAGGUGAGCCUGUCCUGUACCCCUGGGGACCACAGUACUUGCUUGGUUCCUGCAGUUCCUGGGGCUGUGUCAUGCGCCCUUCUGGCAGGAGAGGCUGCAACUGUGGGUGGUGUAAAACCACGCUGCACUCCAUGCAGAGCUGCCAGCUCAGACCUCUGUCUCAGCUGGCACCAGCACUUCGUACCUCUGAGCCCGUGAAAGUGGGCACAUGCUGGCAGGCUGUGAUGCCCUCGGUUGUGCUCGGUGGGAGGUACGGCUGCAAGGGCUGCUCCCAAGAAAGCACCUGUGUGUCUGUGGGAGGGAGCAUGGGAUUUGCAUGGGACAGCAUGUGCCAGAGCCCCAGCAUGGCUGUACCUCACAUGAAAUGCCAUUUCUAUUUGCAAUGCCAGGAUCUGCUCCAAUAUUACAUUUCUGCAGCCCAACAUCUUCUGUGGUUUAUCAAAGGGGUGAUCAAAGGGUGUUGGUGUCAGGGCCCUGGUGGGUUAUCAGUGCUGGGCUUUGUGUGGGGGCUCUGUUAUCAUACCAGUGUGCUCCAGCCACAAACAGCAAGGUGCAGUCGCCGGGGGAUGGUGACGGGAUGCCCGAAUCCCAGAGCUGGGCUGCUGCCCUGCAGGAGUGGUGCGAGGGGUGGGUACUGUUGCCCUCCAACAAGAGUUUCCCAAGCAGAGGCACCUCUGCUGCCGUGGGAGCACUGCUGCUCAUCCCAGUCCCUGCGUGUUCCUGCACUGUUUCUGUUUCCCAAGUGCUGCAGCUGCUGCAAGGCAGAAAAGGUCUUCUGCUACUGCUUGGGCCUUACCUGGAGCUGUUUUGGUGUUUUAUCUCUACAAGGUGUCUAUGACCAAGGUGCCUUUCCCAGAGGCAGACUAACAACUCACCCCCAGGAGCUUUUCCUCUGACUUGAGGCUAAUUUACCUGUCAAAAUUUUCAUUUCCUCCAUAGACCCACAAACCAUUUCACUACCCUUCCCAUAGACACAGAUCCUAACCUCCUAGCAAUGCUGCUCCUGCACAACCUGGAAGGUGUCCCUGCCCAUGGCAGGGGGGGUUAGAACUAGAUGAUCUUUAAUCCAAACCAUUCUGUUUCUGUGAUUCUAUGAUUCCUCUUCAUCUUCCUGUCUGCUCCCGUAUCCCCCUCACCUGAGCUGCUCUGCCCCAGCUUUUAUUUUUGCUCAUUAUUUGCUAAGUUCCCUCUGUAAUGGAACAAGACUCGGCAUUCUUUUUUGGUGUCUGGUAACAAAUUUAUUUGGAAGAGGACGAUAGCUCAUUCCCUCAGUAACAGUACGACUCGCUGUCCGUGUUACACCUGGAGGCAGUGUAGGAGUUCAGCAGCAGUGAACCCCACCAGGUAUACGCUGGACAAUGAGGGCCUCAUCCCUUCGCAGCUCCAGACCACACCAUCUCCAGUGCACUCAGAUCGCAUGAGGGCACUUCUGUGUUCAUCUGCCCUUGCCCUGUUCCUGCGGGCUUUCCUUCCCCUUGAAGCUUGUAUUAUUUUCCCAAAGUAUGAGAACAUAAUUCUGGAUUUUCUUUUCUGGAUCUUUGUUAUUUCUACAUUUUCCUCUGCCAGUUUCUUAUCAUCUAUAGAUUUUAUUAAACUGCUGUUUUCUCCUCUCUCUGCAACACUUCCCCUAAUGUGACCAAGAGUUCAGAGGGUGUUACUAAGCUUAGGUCCUUCCAUGCUAAAUCCUCUGCAAUGCGAAGAGCUGUCCUUCCCCUCCAGGCUGUUUGACCUCAGGUCCAGCAGGGACCCCUGUGCAUAGACAGGGAGGGACAGGCCAGAGCUGGGCAAUUUUGCCCCAUCACUGUUGCUGCUGCCCCGCACGUCUGUGUCAGUGCAUGUGCAGUUAUGCCCAGCUGCACCACCUCUGCCUGCAUCAGUGCUUUAGCAGUUACUCCCAGCUCCCCCAACCUACAUGUGUGGACAGGCCACAGCUGCCUGCACACCAGCUGUUUUGCACAUCUGGGCAUUUCUGUGAAGAUGCUUGACUGCCCAGCUCACAGCUCCAGGCUGCCUGCAUAUCAAUGUGAAUCCUCCCUCCAUAGCCCCUUCAAAAUGUGCCUCAAGUGCCCAUGAAUUGUGCCAGAGAAGGAUGCUCAUGGGCCAUGUCAGCAACCUGCGGAAAUAAGGGCUGAGAACAGGCUGUCUCGGAGGAUGGUUUUGGGUGUCUGGCUGUGCAGAUAGACAGCCUGCGCUGCCUCAGCCUCUGACUCACCUCCUGCAGCGAUGCUGGUUUCUUGCUUUCUUGGUUCCUGCGUUGUGUGUGGAAACACAUAAUAAA